CCGAUCGACCAGACUCAUGCGUAGUGACCGUCACCUAUGCUCCCGCUCAGUUCCUCUCCGGGCCACCAGUCGCGCAGUGGCGCCACCGUCGCCGCCCCUCUGCUACCGUCGGCCGGUGACCUGCCGCCGCGCCGCGUCAGUCUGUGCCCAUCACCGGCACCAUGUGGACCGCCCUGUACGGAGCGCUGGUGGUCGCGGCCGCGACGGCCGUCUGCGGCGGCUACAGUGAGGACUUUUUCUCGUCGACAUCCCGGCUGGAGCAGCUGGUGGGCCAGGAGGAGGUGGUGGUGGACAAGCUGGAGCGGUACCUGGAGGAGGCCUACCACAGCCUGGAGACGGUGCGCAGCUAUGUGACGUCAUUCCGAGAGAUGCGGGCCGGCUCGUCCAUCCACCACCCGGUCGAGGCGUUCCUCAUGCUGCGGCGGCUCACCGUCGACUGGGACAUCGUCGAGGACGACCUCCGACGGCAGGCCAACCAGACGCAAGAGACUCUGCGCUCGAUCGGCGGGUUCCGGGCCGACCGGCCGUUCCCCGAGGCGGACGACCUGCACGGGGCGGCCGUGGCGCUCAUACGACUGCAGGACACCUACCAGCUCAACAUGACCCAGCUGCCGCGGGGACAUAUCGCCAGCUUCGGCCCCGAGCCGGCCGCAGAGUUCCAGAGCGCCCAGGAGCUGACUGCGCGCGACUGUCUGUUCAUCGGUCGACACGCGUUCAGCCGCGGCCUGUACGACGCCGCCAUCGAGUGGUUCGAGGCGGCCCUGUGGCGGACAGAGGAGGAACCGGAGGGCGCCGUCACCGCCACACGGGACGAGAUCGAGCCGCUGCUCACAUCCACCAUCAAACUGCACGACUCGGUACUGGAGGAGCAGGGUCCGCGUGGUGAGGACUGGCGCACCAACCCAGUACCGAUCGACCGCCGACUGGCCGAGCAGGAGCGGUACCAGCCGCCGCGACUGGCGGUGUUCCGGCCGCGGCUGCACCAGCCGCAGGCAGAGGCGGAGGAGGAGGAGCACUACCAGAGACUCUGCAGAGGGGAGAGACUCCGGUCGCCAGCGGAGGAGGCCGAGCUCAGCUGUCACCUGACCUCCAACGGCAGUCCUCUGCUGCUGCUGUCUCCGCUGCGGGUGGAGGUGCUCAGCCGUCAGCCCUACAUCGUCAUGCUGCACCAGCUGGUGACCGAGACAGAGGUCAGCCAGUUCCAGGAGCUGGCCGGGCCGCGGCUGGCCACCUCCCGGCACCGCCACCCGGACGGCGAGUUUGUGGCCAGCAUGAGCCGCAUCAGCAAAAACGCCUGGAUCCCGGACGACGAGGACCCGACGGGAAUGCUAGCGAGGGUCACACGGCGAGUGGCAGCCUCCAGCGGACUGAAGUGCGACAACGACAUGGCCGCCGAGGCAUUCCAGGUCGCCAACUACGGUAUCGGCGGUCUGUACGUGACCCACACGGACCACCACAUGGCUGAGGUGCCGCGGGGGCCGCACGCCCACUGGGAGACCAUGAUCGGCGACCGGCUGGCCACCUGGAUGGUCUAUCUCUCGGACGUGCCGGCCGGGGGUGCCACCGUGUUCCCGCGAGCAGGCGUCACCGUCUGGCCCGAGAGGGGCAGCGUGGCGUUCUGGUGGAACCUGAACGCCGCUGGAAAAGGAGACGACGACACGCGACACGCCGCCUGUCCAGUGCUGCACGGCAGCAAGUGGGUAUCGAACAAGUGGAUCCACUAUAACGAGCAGUUCCGAGCAAAGCCCUGUGGGCUGACCCCGGACGCCAUUCACCAAACGCCCUGAACACCGAGCGCGAGCGACGCCCUGGGAGCGCCUCAGAAGACAGACUCAUCGACGCCCUGGCGCCCUGGGAGCCUCAAAGACGCCCUCACCGCCGAUCGGCACCCAAUGGAAAGACGCCUGACGCCCCAGCAGAUGCUCUAACCGACGCUAGGGCGCUCGACAGGCCCUCAGACUGAUGACGGGAGGUCCUGGUGACGUGACUGCAAGUUUUUAUGACCGAUUGGUCAGACAAGACGGAAACAGACAGGAAAGUGUCUGGCCCCAGACUGUACGAAGAAGGAACGAAGAAUGGGGGCAACAAGAGGUCGGCAGUGAGCGGACACCGUCAGCAACGGGCAGCAUCAGCCUCUUGCCACGGAGCACGCAACCGUUCGGCAUUACACGGGGCGGAGUUAAUCAGGUGACUGAAAUCAAAUACCGCUCAAGCAGUUACGUUCAUUGGUGCUGGUCCUGAAUGUUUCCUCCAAUAUGUUUUAGUCGGCCGUGGUCUGAGAGAGCCAGAAGGAUAACUUUUAAGGAAAUGCACGCUACACGGCAGCGAGUACGUCUGUCAUAAUGUCAUGGCUUCAGGCUGGGUGGACUGUCACAUUCUUACAAAACUAAUUGAAGAACACCUGCAACGUUCGCGGGGCACGAUUGGCUUUGUUCGGGUUUAGAGGAAAAAAAGAUGCCGGUGAUCUACUAACCCUUCAACUUACUUUAACUACAGG